CGUUGUUGCGGGCGGGCGGUCAGGGGCGGCGGAGGCGGAGGCGAUGGGGGGCUCGUACGAGCUCGUCAGGACGGACGACGCGGCGGGGCACGUCUUGGAUCUGGAGGCCGGACGCUGCGCCGCCGUAUACCCAAAGGGCGGCGGCGGCGGCGGCGGCAUCGCUCCACCACCGGUGCCGUCUCCGCCUUCGUCUCCGGCGUCGGCGCGGCAGCGGCUCGUCUCGCUCGACGUGUUCCGAGGGAUCACCGUACUGCUUAUGAUCCUCGUGGACGAUGCUGGCGCGUUUCUUCCAGCAAUUAAUCACUCGCCAUGGGACGGUGUAACCCUGGCUGAUUUCGUCAUGCCCUUUUUCCUUUUCAUUGUUGGAGUCGCUCUAGCUCUAGCGUACAAGAGAGUGCCAAACAAAUUGGAGGCAACCAGAAAAGCAAUUCUCCGUGCACUGAAGCUGUUUUGUGUUGGUCUUGUUCUUCAAGGUGGAUUUUUUCAUGGUGUUCGUAGUCUAACUUUCGGAAUUGAUAUGGAAAAAAUACGGUUGAUGGGUAUACUACAGAGAAUUGCAAUAGCUUACAUUGUGACCGCGCUAUGUGAAAUUUGGCUCAAGGGAGAUGAUGACGUAGAUUCUGGAUUUGAUCUGCUAAAGAGAAACCGUUAUCAACUGUUCAUUGGCCUGAUCGUCAUGAUCACAUACAUGGGCUUCUUGUAUGGUACCUACGUUCCUGACUGGGAGUAUCGGAUAUCCGUUCCUGGUUCCACAGAGAAAUCUUUCUUUGUGAAAUGCAGCGUAAGAGGCGACACUGGACCAGGCUGCAAUGCUGUUGGCAUGAUAGACCGCAAAAUCUUGGGCAUUCAACAUCUGUACUGUCGACCGGUUUACGCCCGAUCAAAGCAAUGCAGUAUAAAUUCACCACAAAAUGGACCACUUCGUCCUGAUGCUCCUUCAUGGUGCCAGGCCCCUUUUGAUCCUGAAGGGCUUCUCAGCUCUGUGAUGGCUAUCGUCACCUGCUUGAUUGGUCUACAAUACGGGCAUGUAAUCGUACAUUUCCAGAAACACAAGGAGAGAAUCAUGAAAUGGCUAAUCCCCUCCUUCAGCAUGCUAAUCCUUGCGUUCUCAUUGGACUUCUUUGGAAUGCAUAUGAACAAGCCACUGUACACCGUGAGCUACGCCCUCGCCACCGCCGGCGCCGCGGGCCUCCUGUUCGCCGGAAUCUACGCGCUGGUCGACAUGUACGGCCACCGGCGGCCGACCGCCGUCAUGGAGUGGAUGGGGACGCACGCGCUCAUGAUCUACGUCCUGAUCGCGUGCAACAUCCUGCCCAUCUUCAUCCACGGCUUCUACUGGAGGGAGCCCAAGAACAACCUUUUGAGGUUAAUCGGAGUUGGGGCAUGAUCCAUGGAUGCAGCAGCUAGAAGCCUAGAAGGCACGUAUAGAGGCGUAUUUAGGACACUAUUUGGACAGAGACAAACGAGACAUGUGCAGGCCUAGUUUUGCUACAGGCUUAGUUAUUGUUGCACAGAUUCGUUCUCUCUGAGAGCUCUUUGUAUAUGGUAAACAACGAGCCUGUGUAUAUCAUGACAAUACGAUCUAAAAGAAAUAUAUAGUACAGAAAAAAUUUUCAGCUGCACA